CCUCUCUCUUUACAACUUAGCCAGAGUAUAAAGAUGUCUAGUAAUAAUCACAACAACGUACCAGUGGUACAUCAAAUUCCAAUAGACCAAAUCGAUUUCUCACCCAACAUCAGCACAGAUGCAGAAAAUUUUUUUCAGUCUGAUGCAGACAUUGCGCGCAUGGCAGCAAGGCAAGGGAUGGUCAAUUAUGACAAGGGCCAGGCUAUCAAGAUUUCAUCCAAGGUACUGGAUGUUUGUGUAGGCUUUAGGAUCAAGCCGUCUGAUGCGGCCGCAACAACAGCUGCCACAGGAGAGGCACAAGCACAGGUACCGGGGAUGCCUACUGCUGUUAUCGAGGACAAGGCGCUGAUAGGUGCCACGAUUUAUACAGCAGAAAGCGGGCAUGUUGCUCGCAAAAUUAAUUUGGAGACGGGUAAAACAAUGAAACUCUUUCAAGGCCAUGCAGGACCAGUGACGCGAGUGGCGGUUUAUCAGACUCAGAGUGGUCAGGAACGACUUGUGACAGGAUCUUGGGAUAAGACAAUCAAAGUAUGGGAUGCAGAGACCAAAGAGUGUCUGGCCACAUUAAAGGGUCAUACUGAUUUUGUCAAGGCUCUUGUUAUUCGGGCCGUCCUUGCAAAGGAUGGGGAUAACGACCAUGAUGAUAAGAGGAAGCGAGUGGUUCAUCAAUUAUUCUCAGCAUCGUAUGAUGGAACGAUCCUGCAAUGGGAUCUUGAAACAUUUAAGCCAUUCCAAGAUGGUGCUGGUGGUCCGUGGAAAGGCCACGCUCGCGGCAUUAAUGAUCUUUGUUUGACAGUGGAGGACUUUGGUGAUGAUGAUAAUGCUGACGGGGACAACACUGAUAAUCAUGGCAAAGAAUAUCUUUAUUCCGCAGGUAGUGAUGGUACUAUUCGGAAAUGGGAUAUUACAAAGGGUCAAGGACAUGGUGGUCAUUGUGUUCAUGUGUUUAAGCAUCAUGAAACUACUGUGUAUCGUGUCCUUGUAGAGGGCGUUGAGAUCUGGUCAGCAUCUGCGGAUAAGACUGCUCGAAGACUUGAUCUUGAGACAAAAAAAGUAGACACAACCUUGGAACAUCCGGAUUUUGUAAAGGCUAUCGCGCUUGCAGGACCAUACGUGGUCACUGGUGGUCGGCAGGAAAGCGUUCGUGUCUGGUCGAUUGCCACAGGCAAGCUCAUAAAAGAGAUCAAGGGUCAUUUUGAUGAAGUGUCAAACAUGGUUGUGAUUGGUUCCACGCUUAUUACUGUAUCACUUGAUGGAACAAUCCGUCGUUGGUCCUUGAGAGAGCAAGACUUGGUUCAGACUGAACCCACAGACAUUUCCAAUAUUAAGCCCAGCGAUGGUUCUGGACAACAGCAGACGAUAGGAUUGACAGCGGAAACGAAGACUAUUACCGCUUCUACCGCCGCGCAAGGCUCUAUUAAAGAGAAACAACAGAGCAUCAUGACAGAAGAGGAGGAACGGGAACUUGCAGAACUAAUGGAUAGCGAUGAUGAUUAAUGAUUGGAGAGUUUAAACUAGGCAAGCACAUGUACUCACACAUUCAAAAAUUAUUCAUUACUCCUCCUCGUUUGUAAUAAAGUAUAAAAAUUGGGCCG